UGAUUUUGCAUUUCUGGGGAGGAGGGCUGCUUUGUUUACCAACAGCCCCCCUCCCUGUCAGUUUGGGCACACUGCUAAGGAUGGCUGAGCAGAGCCAUCCCGAUCAGUGUGCUUACAGUGAAGCACACACCCCUCGCCCCCUAGUAAAACGCUCCCUUCACAUAGUUAACCCUUUGAUUACCCCUCAUGUUAGGCCAUUCCUCCCCAGUGCCAUUAGUACAGUGUCAGUGCUUUUUUUAUCACUGUAUUGGUGUCACUGGGGAUGUCAGCAACGC